GUGCAAACUCAAGCGCUUAAGCACCAUUCACAGUAUCCCUACCCUUCAAAAAAAGAUCCCACGAAAUAAAAGAAUAGAAAACCCCCUUUGGCCUUUACUCGCUUUCUUAAUCCAAUUUAAAAUCCCCUCCGUUAUAUUCACCAGAAUCGCUCCAACAUUUCAACCCAUGCGUUUCUCCAAUAACCAAACUUCUUAGCCAAUUCCUUAUUUUCUUCGCCAACACCGUGGGAUGUCGUCGCCGGGCUUCCCCAACGGCGGACCCUCCGAUUUCUACGGCGGACCAGCGGGAUUCCCCAGGCGAUCCAUGGCGCUUCAACCCACCAACACCACCCACCACCCUCUCUACCGAACCCAACCUUCACAGAUUUUGCUAGACCCUUCGUCCCACAUCGCCCAAACCCAAACACCCAACUUCAUCAGGAAACGCACCCUCGCAGAAAUCCAAACCCUUAUCACCAACACCAACAACAACAACAACAACAACAGCAGCAACAACCUUAACCCACUCCUAUCAAACUAUCUACUUCGCUCUGUCAAGCCCAGAACUUUCCAACACGUGGAUUUCUCCUCACGCGCGCAAUUUCACCACCUUCCCCCUAACGCCGUCAAUUCACAGACCCAAUAUUCCAUCCUCCCCAACCCUAACGCAAAUUUCCCUCCGGUUCACACCAGACUCACCGCACCCCAGGAACCGGACAAGAACUCGAUAGACCACCGCUUACAACUACAAGAGUUGGAAAAGCAGCUUCUAGAAGACAACGACGACGAAAACGGCGACGCCGUUUCGGUCAUUACCAACUCUGAAUGGUCCGACACAAUACAGAACCUAAUCACACCGCACAAGCCCGCGUCUCCCUCGUCCACUUCCUCUACGACGUCGUCCAACUCCUCAACGACGUCGUCCAACACCUCUUCGAUCUGCUUCAAGCAAUCCCUAACGGAGGCCGCAUCCGCGAUCUCGGAAGCCAAAUUCGAUGCCGCCACGGAGAUCCUAAACCGUUUAUCUCAGGGUUCCAACCUCAACAAGAAUUCGGAUCAACGCUUCGUCAAUUGCAUGGUUUCCGCUCUGAAAUCCAGGAUGAACCACGUCGAGUAUCCACCGCCGGUUGGCAGCAGGGAACACGCCGCGUCGACUCAGUUGCUCUUUGAACACUCGCUAUUCUUCAAGGUCGCUCUCAUGGUCGCCAACAUCGCGAUUCUCGAAUCCGCAUUCGACGACAAAGCAGAGAACGCGAGGCUAUGCGUGGUGGAUUUCGACAUCGGGAACGGGAACCAAUACGCGAGCCUCCUCCACGAGCUUUCGGCGCGGCGGAAGGGCGCGCCGGCCACCGUCAGGAUCACCGCCCUGGGGGACAGCGACGCCGACGAGAGGCUGAAGGCGGUGGGAGAAGUCCUGGGGAGACACGCGGAGCGACUCGGUGUUGGUUUUGAAUUCAAAGUGGUGGUGAGUCCGAAACUGGACGAGUUGACUCGCGAGUCGCUGGGUUGCGACCCGGACGAGCCGCUGGCUGUGAAUUUCGCGUUCAAGCUAUUCAAAAUGGCCGACGAGAGCGUCUCCCCGGAGAAUCCGCGCGACGCGCUUCUGCGGCGCGUGAAGGCACUCGCGCCGCGCGUGGUGACGCUGGUGGAGCAGGAGGCGAACGCGAACACGGCGGCAUUCGUGGCGCGCGUGGCGGAGUCGUGCGCGUAUUACGGCGCGCUGUUCGAGUCGCUAGAGUCGACGAUGGAGUCGGAGCGAGUGAGGAUCGAGGAGGGGCUGAGUCGGAAGGUGGCGAACUCGGUGGCGUGCGAGGGAAGGGAGCGCGUGGAGCGGUGCGAGGUGUUCGGGAAGUGGCGCGCGCGCAUGAGCAUGGCUGGGUUCAGGUUGAAGCCGCUGAGUCAAAGGGUGGCUGAGUCUAUCAAAGCGCGACUCUUGGCUGCUGGGAACCGUGUCUCCGUUAAAGUCGAGAACGGUGGGAUUUCCUUCGGAUGGAUGGGAAGAACCCUCACCGUCGCUUCUGCUUGGUGUUGACGUUGAAUGUUUAUUAUUUUUAAUUAACUCAAAACUUUUUUUUUAUUUUUUAUUUUCUAUGGAUAUUAUAUAUAUACCACAUUAUAAUGUUGUUUAGAGAUUAUGGAAAGGUUUAAACAAUAGAGUUGGAAAAUUGUAUUAAAGGAUAUCCGUUCUUCCUUCUUCUUUCUUCCUUCUUCCUUCUACCUUCUACCAAACAAGCAAAUAAAAAGUUAAAAUUUAUGUUGCA